AUGGUUUCUGGUGAUACACCACAGCCCAUUUUAAUGAGACGCAAUACUGCUGGAACCAUCGAUUCAGCUUCGUCCACAACUCCUAAUCCAAAGCGUCUUCUGACUCUGACGCUACCCCUGCCCUUUGAGUCCAAUCAAAUCAGCCGUACUAGUUCUAAUAGAUCAGGUUCCUCUGUUCGUGGAGUCAGUGUAUCCUCGAAUGAUUUAGCUCUGGAGUUGGAUGCUAUGUCGUUAGAAGGCGAGGGAACCGGUUUACCGGGAACAGCAUCUGGGGCUCAAGAUGCUAGUUUUGUUAUAACAAAUGAUUCAGCUCCUUUGCCAGGUGAUCUGUCAAUCCUCGCUACGAGCUAUUCUAGCAAUACCAUUAAUUCCAACCAUUACAACAACAAUACCAACAACGGCAAUGGUACAGCCGAAGUGCCCCAUAAUGCCCAGAAUGGAGCUUCACUUCAGGCAUCAUCAUCUCUGCCUGCUACACCCAUGAGCACUACUCCUACAACACCUGGUCCCUUGUAUGGGUCCCUUGGAAGUUCGAAUUCGCAUUCAUUGUCAAACUUAAAUGUUAAUAAUGAUGGUACAACCAGUGGAGUCCAAACCCCUAUACCUCAAACUCCUAAUCAACACACAACAACUAUUGAUAUUGAAGAUUUGAUUCAAAGGCUAUUGGACGCAGGAUAUAGUGGGAAACGUACGAAGGCAGUUUGUCUUAAGAAUUCAGAAAUCCAGUUAAUCUGUUCCACAGCUAGAGAGAUCUUCCUACUGCAACCAUCCCUUUUGGAAUUGAGUCCUCCAGUUAAGGUUGUAGGUGAUGUCCAUGGCCAAUAUAGUGAUUUAAUUCGUAUAUUUACAAAGUGUGGCUUUCCUCCCCUGACAAACUAUCUUUUCCUUGGUGACUAUGUUGAUCGUGGGAAACAGUCAUUGGAAACUAUUCUUUUAUUAUUAUGCUACAAGAUCAAAUAUCCUGAAAACUUUUUCCUAUUACGGGGUAACCAUGAAUGUGCCAACGUGACUCGUGUUUAUGGUUUCUAUGACGAGUGCAAACGUAGAUGCAAUAUUAAAACGUGGAAAUUAUUUAUUGAUACCUUCAACACUCUUCCAAUUGCCGCUAUCGUGGCAUCCAAGAUCUUUUGUGUUCAUGGAGGAUUAUCACCAGUAUUGAAUUCGAUGGAUGAGAUUCGAAAUAUAGCCCGCCCUACAGAUGUGCCCGAUUUCGGACUUUUAAACGAUUUGCUUUGGCUGGACCCCGCAGAUACCAUGAAUGAGUGGGAAGACAACGAGAGAGGAGUCUCGUAUGUGUUCAAUAAAGUAUCAAUCAACAAAUUCCUUCUGAAGUUUGCUUUUGACUUGGUUUGUCGAGCGCACAUGGUUGUUGAAGAUGGGUAUGAGUUCUUCAAUGAUCGGACAUUAGUGACGGUGUUCCUGGCUCCCAAUUAUUGUGGUGAAUUUGACAAUUGGGGUGCGGUAAUGAGUGUCCUGGAAGAGCUAUUAUGUCUGUUUGAACUACUUGAUCCUUUGGACUCGGUUGCAUUGAAGCAAGUAAUGAAGAAGGGUCGUCAAGAAAGAAAGAAUGCACCUAAGUAG